AUGAGGUCCUUCUUCCUACUGCUCUUCACCCUGUUGUUGGUGUCCCACGGAUCUUCGGCAGUCAUCACAGGGGCCUGUGAGAAGGACUCUCAGUGUGGAGAAGGCAUGUGCUGUGCAGUGAGCUUGUGGAUCCGCAGCCUGCGUAUGUGCACGCCCACGGGCCAGAAAGGAGACGACUGUCACCCUAUGAGCCACAAGGUUCCUUUCAAUGGGAAAAGACUCCACCACACUUGCCCCUGUCUGCCCAACCUGUUGUGUAUCACCACAGAGGAGGGGAGAUCCAAAUGUCUCCCACCAUACAUCUAUUCCAAUUACUACCUCUGA